AUGUUCAUCUUACACACUACGAUAGCGGUCCUUGUUUCUUUUCUAGCUGUCAUCGCGUACGAUAAAUUCCGCACCCGCCUAUCCAAGGGCAGAUCGAAAAGAAAAGAUGUCGAGAUCCCACUCAGUCCGACGAUAGCUGCCCACAGGGACGUAAAGCCACCACGUGCGGAAGAUGGAGGAGAAACCGUCGUUUGUGCUGAGGAGGAUGCGGCGGUCACUAAAGAGAUGCAAUCACACAAACAUUUGUACUAUAAGCUACACAAUCUCGAACGCAACCCGGAUAUACUGCCCGAGUGUCGCGAGCUUCUUCUCUCCUUGUUAUCAUCGACAGUCACGGAUGCACAGAAGCAUACAGACGACACCAUCCUCGCCGUCGAAGACUUCUCCUCGGAGAAGCUGAGCGCAUUCCUGAAAACAAAGGACGACGAUGUGACUAACGCAUAUGAAGAGUACAUUGCACGUCGCAAAGCAGGAGGCCCACGCGAGAUGUUUGCCGACAAAACCGAGGCCAAAUGGUGGCUUAAGCAAGCUGCGCCUGUCAAGUACGUAGAUGGCGCAUGGCUCGGGCACAUAAACAAGAUCACUACACCAUUCAUGUUCCGAAACAUUACCAAGAAUGCGUGGCAAGUCAUGUCAGAAGAGCUUGGGGAUGGUGACCUGGCAAAGAACCAUGUUCACGUGUAUCGUGCGCUGAUGGACGAGAUCGAUUCCGGACUUCCUGCGGCUGACUCAGAGGAUUUCAUCGACUCGCGACAUCACUUAGACGAAGCACGAUGCUGGGAAGCUGCCGUGGCUCAAUUGCUCAUCUCGCUCUUUGCACAUGAGUUUCUUCCCGAAGCGCUCGGCUUCAAUAUGGCAUACGAGAGCCUGCCGCUUCAUCUUCUAAAAACCAUCAAGGAACUUCGCGAAGUGCGGCUCAACGCUUAUUACUUCGAGUUGCACAUUUGCAUCGACAAUGCGGAUACUGGUCAUGCUGCUAUGGCGAUGGCAACAGUCGUCGAUUACAUAAAUCUAAUAGAGCAGACCGAGGGCAAAGACGCGGCUGAAGUCGCGUGGAGACGUGUACAAGCGGGGUACAUUCUCGCUGAAGGCCUCCCCACUACACCGGAAAGUCCCUCGCUGAAAAUGAAGCGGCACCAUGAAACGCCGUUUCCAAGGUCUGAGACGGAGGCAUCCGUAAUUGAAAUAUUCGCUGCGAAGUGUGCGGUGGCACACAAGAUCCACUGCAACAGCCGCCUAAAGAUUGGCCGUCGUUCUUUGGUCGACUGGCUUGAGCCACGUGCAUUUGCAGACCCCAACUGGCAAAGGGAAUUUCUGCAUGACCUGGCCUGUUGUAAGCCUUGGAUCAUCAAAGGAAAUAGUGAGAAAAGCAGGCUGGUAAGAGAGCUGUCAUGGGAGGGGCGCAUGUUCGGCAGCUUCACGCAGAGCGAAGUCGAAAUCGUGAAAGCGUGGAUCAACGAGCUUGGAGCACCGCCUCAAACGCCGUCAUAUGACCCACAGGUUUACUUCGACUUCACCAAGCAAUCGCCCCCAGAGUCUUCGGGCCGUGAAUCACACAAUUCGGAUAUUCUGGAGCAAUACCCCGUUCUUUCUACUACCCAGGACGUUCCCGCACCAAUACGCCUACUACACGAGAAUGUCAUUGAUGAACUGGCAACUGAGCCUCCUGUGGACAUCUCUUCCAUCAACCUUCAUAACUUAUUACCCCUCUGGUUUGCAUCGACCGCUCUUCUCGAGUCACUUCCAUCCGUUCCUGUUCGUGCAGCAGAUACCUUCGGUUCUGCUCUGAUCCGCGUUCUUCGAGCCCAAACCGGGUUUGAUCUUGAAGGACCAGGCGUAGCCGGGAUGGAAGAAGUGCGACGCACCGAUUCCGGCGAGGCAUGCGGCAUCGUCGAGCUCGGACUGGAGAUGUGCGCUCGAGCAGGUAUACACAAGCCACAAACCUUGAAAGAGGCGGUGACGCUGGGCAGUGCUGAGUCUGCUGCACUUGCGGAAUGGAUGCUGUGGAUGGGAAUGCGAUGGCUGGCAUAUCGCGAUGUUUUGGUGGGCAUGUCAUGGGCAUUUAUGGAGGUACAUGAAGCGCUUGGGCGGCCUGGAGUACAUGAGGCAAUUCUGAGCGAUAGAAAAAGGACUAUUUUGGGGCGAAUUGCAGGAAGGGAGAGAAUCGGGCUUGAGACCUGCAGGCAGGAGAUUGAGCGUACUGGCGCGCGGAGGAACGACUUUGAGAGGGGCAUUGCAGUCGCGAGACGAGCAUUAAGAUCGGCCGGUUCUGCGUAA